AUGUCCAACGAUGCUCAAAUACGGGCCCUUGCGAUUCCAGAGAUCGUAACCUCAAUCCUGCACGAACUGGACAUGCGCACGCUGCUAGCCGCCCAGAGAAUCAACAGCGUGUGGAGAAAUCUGAUCUGCAACUCGAAAUCACUGCAGGAGACUUUGUUUUUCCGACCAAUCCGCCAUGAGGCCCACGACAAUACCCGGGUCAAGAACCCGCUACUAGCAGAAUCAUUUCCAUCGCUUUUCCCAACACAUGUACUUGGGGAUGGCAAUGGACAAAAUAUCAAGCUCAUCGACCUUCCUUGGGAGAAAAAUUCGGCUUUCCGAGAAAUAUUCCUUCGCCCAGAAGCAAGCUGGCGCCGAAUGUUGACUCAUCAACCGCCUAUUUAUAAAGUUGGUGGAUACGAAUACAGCUUUUCGCCGUUCUUAUGGGGCUGGAGUCAAGCAAUGGCAGAUUUUUCAGACGAUGGAUUGCGAAUGUCAUCGCUGUUUGAAUAUGUUGUCGAUCGCAGUCCGGAUAUCUGGGUUUUUGAGACGCUUAGUAUAUUUUACCCGUCUACUUUCCCUCCUGGGUUUGUGGAGUCGUUGAGGCAUGUUAGGCGUUGGAAGGAGCCUCAGGUAGAGAUGAUGGGACAGUUUGAUAUUGUGUUUUUUACUUUUUGCGGUAUGAGUUGCACGUCUGAAGAGGACUAUGAGGAAGCGCGAGAGGAGAUGGAAAGGGAAGCUAGGGAGAAGGGAAUCGAGCUUCCAGAUACUGAUACUUCUGUGGCUGAAAGGAUAUGGGAAUAUUACCGAAAGACAGGGGCGAAGAUGAGGGGUCUUGAGAUGAAGAAAUAUUGUGAAGAAGAAGGAGCCUGGGACUAG